AUGCCAAGUACUAUUUUAACUACAACGAGCUCUACAUCAACAAUGAUUCCUUUGACCACGAUUACGACUACAAGUACUAUAAUGAUUUCAAGUACGACUUCCAUGUCAAGUACCCUUAGAAGUACAAAUGCAAGUACUAAAACAACUCCAAGUCUGACAACAACAAAUAGAACAAUAUUAACAACUAUCAUAAAAAACACAACAAUAACAGCAAGUGAAACUUCAACAACAACAACUACAAUAAUGUUAACGCCCACUGAAACAUCAAUGAGUCUAAUAACUGAAAAUGUUGAAUUGACUUCAACAACUAAUUUCUUUCAUACAACAAUAACUAUGAAUGCUGCUUCAACCACAACAUCUGUCAAUCUUUAUGUUAUUAUUUUAGCCACUGUUAUUCCGAUUGGCACGGUUGCAUCCAUUAUUGUAAUCAUCUCACUUAAAUAUUUCGUCUGUAACAAAAAAUCAAAAGUGCACCAUUUUGAAAUGAAGGAAGUGAAACCAACAGGUGCAUAA